AUGUCUCGACCACAAGAUGACAGAAACCAAGAGGCCACUGUCUACCUCGGAAAUCUGGAUGAGCGGUGCUCGGACGCGCUCAUUUGGGAGUUGAUGUUGCAAGCAGGGCCAGUUGUUAAUGUCCAUCUCCCAAAAGACCGCAUUUCCAUGGCACACCAAGGCUACGGUUUCUGUGAGUUUUUGACAGAGGAGGAUGCGGAAUACGCUUGUAAAAUUAUGAACCAAAUCAAGCUAUGGGGAAAGCCCAUUAGGGUCAAUAAGGCUUCCUCGGACAAGAAGCAAUUGGACGUGGGCGCAAACCUCUUCAUCGGGAACUUGGACGAGAACGUCGACGAGCGGCUUUUAUACGACACAUUCAGCGCAUUUGGUGUGAUGGCGACGACCGCGAAGAUCGCUCGCGAUCCCAGCACCGGCAAGUCCAAGGGCUAUGGCUUCGUGUCCUAUACAGACUUCGAAUCGUCUGACGCCGCUGUCGAGGCUAUGAAUGGCCAGUUCUUGAUGAAUAAGGCUAUCGCCGUCCAAUAUGCCUUCAAGAAGGAGGGCAAGGGCGAAAGGCACGGCACGCCCGCCGAGCGCCUCCUCGCCGCACAGGCCCGGAAAAAUAAUGCCCUUCCUGUCGCCGCACGGCCGCCUCCCGCUCCAAUGGCCUUCGGCGCUCGCCCACCUAUGCCCGGCUUCCAGGGCCCGUAUCAAGGCCAGUUCGCAGGUGCUCUCGCAGCGCAGCCUCCACCACCUCCAGGAUUCACGCCUCAGCAGACGGUCAUUCCGUCAGGGAUGCCGAUGCAGAUGCCCCCGCCGGUCAUGCCUAUGGGCAUGCCUCCACCACCGCAGAACAUGCCCAUGUACACUCCUGGCUAUAUACCCCCUCCGCCUGCAGGAUUCAUCCCACAGGGCAUGCCUCCGAUGCCGCAGGGUAUGCCGCAGGGUAUGCCGCAAGGCAUGCCAGGGAUGGUCCCGUCGAUGAUGCCGCCUCCGCCUCCUGGGGUACCACAGCAGCAGUACAUGGGUUGA